AUGGACCCGCUGUCUAUCAUCGCCAGUAUUGCAGGCAUUGUAACGACAGGUACAUCACUCUCAAAAGCGAUAUACCACUUUAUCUCCUCGACUCGUGGUGCCUCGCGUGAGAUGGUCGACAUAGCGCGCAAUAUCUCGGAUCUAUCUUGCAUUCUUUCCGAACUUCGUCGUGUACUUCAAGAAAGCGCCGAUCUGUGCAGUCGUAAGCUUCUUCGUCGGAUAAAGUCGGCAACUCGUCGUAUUUCCGCGAUACAUGAUGACAUCUAUGCGCUCAUGGACAGCAUUAGGGGCUUUCAAACCUUUAGAUGGAGCCUGAAGCGGUCAGAAGUGCAGUAUAAGCUAACUCUGAUUGAGAGCCAUAAAACUGCAAUCCAGUUGAUGCUCAACAUUUUAAUUCUUGCGGCGACAACAAGAAAGGAAGCACAAUCUCAAGUCACCCAGACAACGUCGACCAGUGAAGACAAGCCCAGUGAAUCAGCGUCAGAGCUCCCUCUCCUUCGCCAGCAGUCAGAGACUCUCGCCUACGCAGCCUCUCAUUGUCUGGUUGAUCUCUCAGAAAACCAGGAUCUCGAGACUAGCCGAUCAUCAAGCCAGCCAAAGACCGAUUCAGGCAGUGAUAAUGACGACGCCUCGGGACAGGUUCAGACCCGUGGUCAUGGGUCAUCCGACGGGACAGGCCGAUGGCUUUUUGAACUUAUAUUCGAAAGCUACCCCAAGAACGGUCAUGACUCAGACACUAAUGAACAGGACGGCGGAGAAGCAGAUGAAGGUACAGCUUCUGAUAGAACGGACCUCGUAGUGCGAACGCCAGCGGAAUUGCAAAUAGCCAUUUACGAACCAGGAGCAGGUCAAAUUCUCAUCGACAGACUUCUAGCAGACUGGACAUGUCUUUAUAACGACGAGGUUACUGGAAACUUUGUAUACAAGCCUGAAACAGAAAAUGUGAGACCUAGUAGUCCCGCUUCCGCACAAAAAGAUGCAGUCAUCCGUUUUAAAGACGCCGUGGGCCGAAAGUUCACGUUUCCAUACCAUCUUGUUAAGAAAUGGGAGGCAUGUUGUAUCUUCCUAUCUGGACAACGUCUUGAUACUGACUGCCGCAGGGCAUGGAGGAGAUGA